CAUAACACAGAAAAACCCAUUAGGAAGAAAGAAAAGAAAAUGGCAAGAAGAGCAGGAGCCUCAAUGGCUUCUUUCACCACAUUUUUGGUGGUACUCAUAUCUGUCGGUCUUCCAUUCCAAACCAUAGCAGAUGUUUACUAUUACAGCUCACCACCACCCCCGACUCAUGUGUACAAGUAUGCGUCGCCGCCGCCGCCGCCUACUCCCGUAUACAAGUACAAGUCACCACCACCACCAACCCCUGUAUACAAAUACAAAUCACCUCCACCUCCUACUCCCUUAUACAAAUACAAAUCUCCACCACCACCUACCCCUGUAUACAAAUACAAAUCACCUCCACCGCCUACUCCCGUAUACAAGUACAAAUCUCCACCACCACCUACACCCGUGUACAAAUACAAGUCACCACCACCACCCACCCCAGUGUACAAGUACAAGUCACCACCACCACCCACCCCAGUGUACAAGUACAAGUCACCACCACCUCCGACCCCCGUGUACAAAUACAAAUCUCCACCCCCUCCUACUCCAGUCUACAAGUAUAAAUCUCCACCACCACCCACCCCAGUCUAUAAGUACAAAUCCCCUCCACCACCUACUCCCGUCUACAAAUAUAAGUCUCCACCACCUCCAACUCCUGUUUACAAGUACAAAUCCCCUCCACCACCUACCCCAGUGUAUAAGUACAAGUCUCCACCACCCCCUACCCCAGUCUACAAGUAUAAAUCUCCACCACCACCCACCCCAGUCUACAAGUAUAAAUCACCACCACCUCCCACCCCAGUCUAUAAGUACAAGUCACCACCACCUCCCACCCCACUCUAUAAGUACAAAUCCCCACCACCACCUACUCCCAUCUACAAAUACAAGUCUCCACAACCUCCUACUCCAGUCUACAAGUACAAAUCGCCUCCACCACCUACCCCAGUCUACAAGUAUAAAUCGCCUCCACCGCCCACCCCAGUCUACAAAUACAAGUCACCACCAUCACCUACUCCCAUCUACAAAUACAAGUCUCCGCCACCUCCUACUCCAGUCUACAAGUACGAAUCGCCUCCACCACCCACUCCAGUCUACAAGUACGAAUCGCCUCCACCACCUAGCCCAGUUUAUAAAUACAAGUCACCACCACCUACCCCAGUCUAUAAGUCACCACCACCUCCUACUCCAAUACAUAAGCCCACCCCAGUUUACCUAUAUGCAUCACCUCCUCCUCCCCAUUUCACACCGCAUAGUAAUAGUAAAGCAGCCGUGUCCCAUAGCACAGAAAGAGGGUUGAAAGUAGAUGAAAAUUCCAAAAGGAAAAUGGCAAGAUCAGCAGGAGCCUCAUUGGCUUCUUUCGUAACAUUUUUGGUGGUUCUCAUAUCUCUCAGCCUUCCUUUCCAAACCGUAGCAAAUGUUUACUAUUACAACUCACCACCACCCCCAACUCCAGCGUACCACUAUCCAUCCCCACCUCCACCUGCUCCAGUCUACAAACCUACUCCAACUCCAGUUUAUCAUUAUAAGUCACCACCACCUCCUACUCCAGUUUACAAGCCCCCGACUCCUGCCCCGGUAUACAAGUACAAAUCACCACCACCACCAACUCCGAUCUAUAAGCCUACUCCCAAUCCGUUAAACAAGUACAAGUCACCACCACCACCAACUCCAGUUUAUAAGUACAAGUCACCACCACCACCAACUCCAGUUUAUAAAUAUAAAUCACCACCACCACCUACUCCAGUCUACAGGCCAACUCCUCAUCCAGUUUACAAAUACAAAUCACCACCACCGCCUACCCCGGUUUAUAAGUACAUGUCACCACCACCUCCUACUCCAGUUUAUAAGCCCGUUCCUCAUCCAGUUUACAAAUACAAAUCACCACCACCACCACCACCAGCUACUCCAGUUUACAAGUACAAGUCGCCGCCACCACCAACACCAGUUUACAAGUACAAGUCGCCGCCACCACCUACUCCUGUCUACAAGCCAGCUCCUCAUCCAGUUUACAAGUACAAGUCACCACCACCACCAACUCCAGUUUAUAAGUACAAGUCACCACCACCUCCUUCUCCAGUAUAUAAGCCUGCUCCUCAUCCUGUUUACAAGUAUAAGUCACCACCACCCCCAACUCCCAUCUACAAGCCAACUCCAGUCUACAAACCACCUACCCCAGUCUAUAAGCCCGCUCCUCAUCCAGUUUACAAAUACAAGUCACCACCACCACCAACUCCGGUUUAUAAGUAUAAGUCACCACCACCUCCUACUCCAGUCUACAGGCCCGCUCCCCACCCAGUUUAUAAGUACAAGUCACCACCACCCCCAACUCCCGUUUAUAAGCCAACUCCAAUUUACAAACCCCCCACUCCAGUUUUCAAGCCCGCUCCUCAUCCCGUUUAUAAGUACAAGUCACCACCACCCCCAACUCCUACACCAGUGUACAAGCCCCAUCCACCUACUCCAGUUUACAAACCUACCCCAAUCCACAAACCCACCCCAAUUUACCUAUACACAUCUCCUCCUCCUCCUUACCACUAUUGACGAAGUAUCUAAAGCCCUCUCGGUUUUAUUCUUGUUUGCUCAAAAGAUGUACUUUAACGAGCAAUUAAGAAUCUCCAUCAAGCACUAGGAGAAUGAAUCAAGAAUCACAAAUGUUUGGAUUGUUUCUUUUCUUUCUUUCUCUCAUGUCUGUUCCAUUACUUUUUCCUUUUCUUUCUUUAUUUGGUUUGGUAGUAAAUCUUGCAUGGUAUGUAAACUUAGGAAGCAUUUCCACGUAAGUGCACCAUUGAAUAAAAUUACUUUUAUUCAAA